GCCCUCCAAGCUCCAGGACUGCAGUCAUGCCUACCGGAUCUGCAACUCGCUGAAAAGUUUGUUGCCUCGGUUCAGUGUGCAUCUUUGGAUGCUGGUCACCUAUCGCCCAAAGUACUCACGCAGCUUCGCAACCCUCCAUGUGAACCUGUCGACAUUGACGAUAACCUCCGCUUCUUCCUCGAUAUCUAUUUUGCUCUCGAUAACGCCUCUCGAGCUGCUUAUGAGUCCGUUUGUGCCGCGGUCAAACGGCGCUUCAACAUGGAUGAAAAGGAUGUGUAUUCGUACGAUCGCAUACGGCGAAGAGUUGCCGAUAUCACUGGAGUUGUUGCCGUCAUGCAUGAUAUGUGUGUAAAAUCCUGCGCCGCGUUCACCGGGCCUUUUGCGGACAUGGAGGAAUGCCCGUAUUGUGGUGAACCUCGCUACGAUCCGUUGACGCUGGAGCGAAGUGAAGGGAGGAGAAAGGAGCCACAGCUUCAGUUUUCGACGAAUCCUUUAGGCCCACAGAUUCAGGCGCAGAAACGGUCGAAAAAGGGUGCAGAGAAUAUGCAUUAUCGGGCUCGGGAGAUGGCACAAACUCUUACGUCGCUCAACAGCAACGGCGGCACGGUAUCCGAAUACACAGAUCUAUACCAUGGAGAGCAGCUUUUACAAGCUGUUGCUAAUGGAGUAGUCCACGGGAACGACACCGUGGUCCUUUUCUCUUGUGAUGGUGCACAGCUGUUUCGCCACAAGUCGUCGGAUUGCUGGAUAGCUAUAUGGCAAAUUCUUGAUCUCAGUCCGGAUCUGCGCGCAAAGAAACAAUAUAUCCUCCCGGCUUGUAUCAUUCCAGGUGCCCCCAAGAAUCUAGACUCGUUCCUUCAUCCUAGCAUGCAUCAUUUGCAAGCUUUACACAACGAAACACCACUUGACAAUCAUGGACGCGGCGGCUUCAAAGUGUGGGAUGCGAGCGAAGAGAGGGUGGUAAUCGACGACCCUUAUCUUGUGUUUGUUACAGCCGAUGGGCCCGGCCUUGCGAGUAUUGGAGGUUUAGUCGGUCAUAAAGGAAAGCGAGGAUGUCGUGGCAACUGCCCAAUGCAAGGUCGGCGCAAACCAGGCGGGAAAAAAUACUAUCCGGCGCACUUGAAGCCGAUUGACUACAGUGUCUCUGGGUGCACUCACGAUGAUGUGAACCCCAACGACCUGCAACUUCAAUCGCAUGAAGAAUACAAUGCAGCACUUGCUCAUCUGCUCCAAGCAAGGACAGAAGACGAAUAUACAAAGCUACGACGAGAACUCGGAAUAUCCAAACCGAGCAUCCUCUCCGGCCUCUCACGAAUAUCAGGCAUCCCUACCUGCUUUACCCCGGAUAUCAUGCAUUUUUCAUCACUCAAUCAGCCCGACUUGAUGCUCAGUCUCUGGCGUGGAACUAUUGAUAGAGAUCCGCAUGAUCGAGAGCCAUGGGACUGGAUAUGUCUUUCUGGUAAUGAUUGGAAAGCACACGGAGAAGAUGUUGCAGCGUGCGCUCCAUACAUCCCUGGCAUAUUUGAUAUUGCACCACGAAAUGUUGCAGACUAUGUCACAAGUGGUUACAAGGCCAAAGAAUUUCAGACAUACUUCUUCGGCCUCAGCCCAGCACUCCUUCAUCACAGGCUUCCUCGGCGAUACUUCCGCAAUUAUUGCAAGCUUGUUCUGUCCACACGCAUUCUGCAUCAGUAUACAAUCAAGCAAGAGCUUCUUCCGAUCUCACAGACACUCAACGUCGUUUUCAUACAUGAGUACGAGUCUUACUAUUACUGCCGGAUGACAAGCCGUCUACAUUUCUGUCAACAAAGUAUUCAUGGCCUCUGCCAUGUCGCCCGAGAGGUCCCCCGCAUUGGCUCACUGGCACUGACAGCACAAUGGACAAUGGAGCGGGCUAUCGGCAACCUUGGCGAAGAAAUCCGACAGCCAUCCAAUUUCUACGCUAACCUUGCUCAGCGCAGCCUUUGCCGCUUGCAGAAAAAUGCAGUGAUGUCCAUGAUUCCAGAGCUUGAACCUGCAGUACCAUGGGCUCCGACAACAUCACUUCCUCUGGCAAAUACCUAUGCUUUACUCCAGCCCCGUGAAUCACACGACGUUCAGAUACCAGAGAAUGAGUCCCAGGUGAUCGCCCAAUACAUGUGGGAUCACUUUCAUGAUGACCAUUCUUGGAGAAGGAUUCGAAAAUGGGGACGGCUUCAGCUAGGGUGUGGGCUCAGGCAUAUUACACGCUCACUGUAUGCCGAACGCAAGAAAUCUCUUGAGGAUGUCCGCAUGGCAAGGAAUGUCAAGCUCAUAUUUCAGAAUCAAGUAACAUUUGGAGAAGUGCUGUAUUACUUCUCCGCCCUGGUUGGUGUUGAGAGGCAGCUGCAAGGUUAUGCUGUUCUCAAUCUCUAUGGCGCUCCUGACCGUGAUAUCCUCGAGGAGUCCUUUCAUACUAUCUGGCUUUGUGAUAAGCAAGAUGUCAAUGGGUUAGUGGUGGUCAAUGUAGAGGAUAUCCGUGCAGUGGUUGGAAUGAUUCCAACAUCAGUUCUUGGACUUCAGCACUGGCCAAACCGUUACUUUCUUCUUGAAGACAUUGCUGAUGAAACAACUAUACUUUACGAUGAUCUAAAGACUCUUGUAGAUAGCCUCUAG